UGGUACGCCACGGCCAGUCCUGACCGACAGCGAGAACUGGAUAGUACCUCCAGCCACAACUGGUGUUUUGGUGGUACAGAUCGCAGCUUCUGGAGGUUCCUACUCCGCCACGGGGCCCUGACACUUUGGCAGACAGUAAGCGCCUCAGCCAAAGCACUAAGGACUCCAGAAUCUGAUGCAAUCUCUUGGGUUGCUUUUCUCGUUGGCCUUCGCAGUGAACCGACAGAAUUAGGCGCCCUGGCCAGCUCACCUGUUUCUCAUGUGGCCAUGUCGGGGGCGGACACAAAGUCGUGUGUGCAGUCACACUCAGACACUUGCAUGUCUGUCUGUUGGGGUGGUCGGCAAUUGGCUGAUUUCGCCUCGUCUCUAGGCGCCAAGGACGGCGUCUGUAGUCACCGCCUUGCACAAAAUGCAUCCGAAUUUCGACCCGGUCGACUUGCUCAACUUCAUAUCUUCAACUGCCGACUCGGGAGCCUUGUUGCCUUUCUUCGACGCUGGGAUUGA